AGAUUAACAUAUUUUGAUUUUGUUGUAUCAUUUGAAAUGACAACUUGUUAGAGUGACAGUUUGCCGCAUUCAGAAAAGUACGUGUCAAUAGCGCUUGCGUCCUUGACAUUGUCAACUUUUUAUGAAAAUUAAAUAAUGCGUUUGCCCUUUUUGGAACUGAUAACGCUAUUAAAAUACACAAGUAUUCUUUUAUUUUGUAACAUCUAUGAUUCAUUUUCGAGUGUUACUGAGUUUGUAGAACGCAAUAUUAACUGGAUACAUUUUCGAGUGUUACUGAGUUUGUAGAACGCAAUAUUAACUGGAUAUGGGGAACUACAUAUGUAUUACUGUGAAAAGGAUUUUCAUCCGAAAUCUGUAUCCGAAUAGUGAAUCUCAUCCCCCUUUGUUUGGAAAACAUUCUUUGACAAGUUACCUAUGGAAUAUGCCAGAGUUUGGUAUAUAACCUUGUUGAAAAGAUAUUGAUCUCUUUGAUCAAUUUUACAAAAUGCAGUAAGGUUAUUUUAUCAGAUAAUGGCAUGUUAAUAAUGUAGCUUGUUGUGGCAUCCAACGAAGACGAUUUCACAAUGAAAUGGAAUUACUGCAGUAUGGUUUGAUUCUGUGUACAGCAAUUGAAUUGUUGCUGAUAACACUUCAAUUUCUAGCCAAAUCUGAGUUCUACAGUGAAGGGGGCAUGACUCACGGUGUCUCAAGAAGUUCAGUUUGUAAGAGUAUUUGGCAGGUGCUAAAAGCUUUAGACCGCCGCUUGAAUACUGUGGUAUUCCCUACAUCAGAGAGAGAACUGGUCCAAGUGAAACAAAAAAUUUUUGGUAUAGCCGGAAUUCCAAAUGUGAUUGGAGCAGUGGAUUGCACACACAUCGCCAUGUUAGCCCCAAGGGAGAGAGAAGACAUAUAUGUGUGUCGGAAAGGAUACCAUUCCAUUAAUGUACAAGCUGUUGUAGAUGCAAACAUGAGAUUCACUAACAUUGUGGCAAAGUGGCCGGGAUCCACACAUGACAGUGUAAUCUUUGACAACUGUAGCUUGAAGGACUGGCUGGUGGAUGGAAGCAAAGGAUGGCUACUAGGAGACUCCGGCUAUGGACUGAAACCAUAUCUUCUUACUCCAAAGCUGAAUCCAAUGAGCAGAGCUGAGAUCGCGUUCAACUUGGCCCACAGUCGUUCGAGGAUGGUAGUAGAGAGGGCGUUUGGACUGUUGAAGUCACGUUUUAGGUGUCUUCACAAAACUGGAGGCUAUCUACAAUUUUCGCCUCAGAAGAUAGCUCUGGUUGUGACUGUAUGUGCCAAGCUGCACAAUCUGUGUCUGAGUGAUGGUUUCCUUGACAUUGAUGACAUUGACGUAGAAGAUGAUGAUGACAAUGUACAACUGCCACUGGAAAACCCUGACCUGAAUGCGUUGCGUGCACGGGCCUUACUAAUUGAGAGAUUUCACUAAAAAGGGAUUCUAUAUUAAUUUAAUAUAGAAUACCUUUUUCAGGGAAAUCGCUCAAUCAGUAAUGAAUUGAUUCUCAAUAGCAUACUGAACUGUUUAAUGUAUUGUUUUGUUCAUUUCACUACUAGAGUAUUGUUUUAUUACUAUGUGAUACUAGGUGAUAUUUAGUGUUAAAAUAUAAGAAGUAGUUCUAACAAUGACACAAUAUUUUUUGAUAGUUGUUAAAAAUUGCAGAGAAUUGUAAUAACCUUAUUAAUUUCACACCAUAUUUAGUACAUUUCAUUUAUAGCAAUUUGCUGCUAAAAUUGUCAUUUGAUUUAUAAUAUGAAUGUUAAUAAAUGUUUAAAGCCACACACCUUGAAAUGAAGUACAUGUUAAUAAAUACAUAUUGAUGCAAUUUCAAAAUGUGCAAAAUUGUCAUAAAAUCUCUAGCCUUGUUAGCAAGUUAUUUAUUGUUUUUUUUAAUUUAAAAACCAAAAGUAGGAUUUCUAUACAUAUACAUACAUUUCGACAAACGCAAUUAUUUUUAAGUUUUAAAGCGCAAAAGAGACAGAUGUCUACCUUGUAACCACCAGAUAUAUUCUUAUUGGCAUAGAUCAAAUAUGUUUCUCAUUUAUCCUUAAACUUACUAUGCCAUGUAUUUCAUUUCAAGGUGUGUGGCUUUAAACAAUGAUUAUUUAUUGUUCAUUAAGCGGAAAUGAAAACAGUUUUGCAAGAAGUUCUCUGGUUCUUCUUUGCUCUAAUAAAAUUGCAUCGAGUGUCUCAUUUUGCUGUCUCAAAAGUUGCAAGACAUCUUCAUGGUCAUCUGAAAAAAAAGGCUUAUUUUUAGUAAUAGAAAGAAAUUCAGGCAAAAUGGACUUUAACAAAGGUAGGAAUAGGUAACGACUCGCCCCAUUAACAACUCGCCUCAUAACGACUCGCCCAUUGUUAAUUGGGCUAGUCGUUACAAUACCAAUAGAAAAACAACAUGACUGCGAAAUUUAAAUAAAUUAACAUAAUUCAACAGUUUAUUUCUUGAAAUAUUACCAUCUUCACUUGUCUUCCGCCUUUUGUUUUUCGUGCUUGGACUCCUGUAAUAAUUCAAAUUAACAUACAUUGAAAUAAUUUGUUAGACGAUUGUUAUAAUAAUUGGAAUAAAACAAGGGCUGUUUGUAAAACACACAUGCCCCCAAAAUGGACUGUCAAUUGUAGUUGUUUCAGGUCACUGUGACCUUGAACUUUGACCUAGAGUCCUGAAAAUCAAUAGGGGUCAUCUGUCGGUCAUGACCAACGUCACCAUGAACUUUCCUGAUCCUAACCCUUAGCAUUCGUGAGUUAUCAUCCGGAAACCAUUUUACUGUUUCAAGUCACUGUGACCUUGACCUUUGACCUAGAGUACUGAAAAUCAAUAGGGGUCAUCUGUCAGUCAUGACCAAUGUCCCUAUGAACUUUCCUGAUCCCAGGCUUAAGCGUUCUUCAGUUAUCAUCCGGAAACCAUUUACUGCUUUAAGUCACUGUGACCUUGAACUUUGACCUAGUGACCUGAAAAUCAAUAUGGGUCAUCUGCCAAUCAUGAUCAAUGUACCUAUGAAGUUUCAUGAUCCUAGGCGUAAGCGUUCUUGAGUUAUCAUCCGGAAACCACUUGGUGGACGGACGGUCCGACGGAACAUGUGCAAAACAAUAUACCCCCCUCGUCUUCGAAGUAGGGCAUAAAACACACCUUAUGUUGAUUGGCAAUAAUUACAUUUUUAUUACAGGGAUUGUGUGGAUAUUAAUAAUAUGUAUUAUACUGUUGAAAUGUUUUCCAAAUUAAUUGGUUAUCUUGUUUCAGUUUAACAUUACUGAAUGUAUCGUAUUUAUACUAAUAGCAUAUUUUAGUAGUGUUUUGUCACAUUAUUUAUAUGUUUUAGAUGCUUUGCUGAAUACACACUGUUGUUAACAAAUAGAUGAAAUAAAAAGAAUUUGUUAUAACGCAC